AGAAGCGCCCGCACCAAUAUUUCAAACGCCCAAAAUUGAAACCCUUCCCUCGUCGUCGAGGCCGAAAGAGAGCGCCAUGGAAUCCGGCGGACCCCGAGAAGACGAUUUUUCCGGUCGAUUCCAAGGUAAUGGGAUUCGGCCGAUUCAAGGUAUGGAAUCGGUUGUCGCCACAGUCAGUGGAUACCACGGAACGGAGCGGUUUAAGCUCAUCAAGCUUAUAGCCCAAACUGGAGCUAGUUACACCGGAGCUAUGACGAAAUCAACUACACAUCUGGUGUGUUGGCAGUUCGAAGGUAAGAAGUAUGACAUGGCGAGAAGAACUGGAGCACAUAUAAUUAGUCACCGUUGGUUUGAGGAUUGCUUAAAGGAAAGGAAGCGGCUUCCUGAAGAUCCCUAUGCCGCACAGAGUGGACAAGAAACUGGAACCAUAACUUGGGAAAUGCCUGCCGCUUUGGAUACUUCUGGAAAAGGAAAAACCAUCAUAUCCGCAGAACGAUGCAUGUUAUCUGAUAAUUUCAGUGCAUUGAAUUGCAGAAACAUAGUAGAAAUUGAUGCAAGUUAUCUGGAUUGGUCUGACUCACAAUUAUUACACAAAUGUAGGGAGUCUAGUACAUUCCCAAAAGUGUGCUCAUCAAGCAAGAAGAGAAACCUGUUUGAUGCUACUCAAGAUGUUACUUGUAAACCAACUCGAAGAAGUAAUCGCCUUAAGAAGAAAGCAUACUGUAAUCUUUUGAAUUAUGUGAGUUUGGGCCAGAAGCAAGGAACUUCUGUAAAGAAAUUUAGCAGUCAGGUUGAAAUCAUUGAUCUUGAUUCAACCUGUGAAAAUACUUCGAGAAGGAGGCUUGGAUCAUCAUCUCAAGGAAAAACUACGGACUUUAUGCUUUCUGAUCAUGAGGGAAGUGGAAUAGAAGGGCUUGAACAGGAUGGUGUAGAAGAGCUUAGGAAUGACAAUAUUCUAUCUGACAAUGGAAUAUUUUCAGAUAAUGAGAAUUUUGAAUGUAUAGGUAAAAUGCUUGGUUCUUCAGAAAAUGCAAGGAAUGAUAAUGAACACCAUAAAGAAGGUGAAAAUCUUUAUGAAGCAGGUGCCUACAAGCAAGCAGAAUUAUCGUGUGUUAUAUGCUGGACAGAGUUUAGCACGACAAGGGCUGUUUUACCUUGUGGGCAUCGCUUCUGCUACUCCUGCAUUCAAGGAUGGGUUGACUGUUUGGCUUCAAGAGGCAAGAUUUCGUCAUGCCCUCUAUGCAAGUCCAGUUUUACAAGCAUGAGAAAGAUGGACACCUCUACUGAUCAGAAGAUAUAUUCUCAAACCAUCCCAUCUGAAUCUUCGAACAUAGACAUUAUUAUGGUCUCCAACAAUGGAAAUGACAGUGCCAGAGCCUCAAUGCCCAUGGAUCCAGUUUGUUCUGAAUGCCACAACCGUGAACCAGAAGAUCUUCUUCUUUGCUGCUGCAUCUGCCAAUCUCAGUGGGUACACUCUUACUGCUUGGACCCUCCAGUGUCUCCAUGGACCUGCAUCCACUGCAGGGAUCUCCGAACACUUUAUCAGCGUUUCCGCUGAUAUGAAGGUUCCUGAUGCAAGUAUAGAAGUUCUAGACAUUUUUAAUGGGAGGAAAGCGUGAUUUUAAUGGGAAGAAAUCAGCUAACAGUUGUAUAAUAACAACCCUACGUGAAGGGAGGUCAGAUUGAUGGAUCUGUAAUAAAAAAGCCUUCUCUAUCAGUAGUUCUUAAAGAACAAGCAAAUGUGAUUUCCAUGAUAUUUGUCCCUCUUUGGUAGAAAUUACAAGCAAUAUCGGAUUGGUAUGGAAGAGCAAUUAGAGCUGGAGUUUCUGAUGUAUCAAUUUGUUGGAAUAUAUUAAUCUGAGAGAAAGGGAGGGAGGAGAGACAGUCAAUAUAUUUGGUGACGUGCAACCAAAAGCAUGGAAAGGAAUUUUCUGCUGCUCCAUAAGUUGGAAUAUAUUUGGUUUCCCUUCCCCUUGAAGAGGUCUGCUUGCAGGAGAGUGGUUGGAAUCCUGUGGGAAUCAAGCAAUAGGCAGCCAGACACUGCUGUUGCCUCAGAAGCACUCAAUCCAUAUAGUUUUAGUUCCAUUGAUUGUGUUUGCUAAUAGCAGUUGCUUGAAAGCAACCUUAAAAGAAAGACAUCAGUGUUAUCCAUGGUCAUGGACAAAGUUGUCAUGAAACAAAUGCCAAAGGUGUCAAAAGUUGGCCCACAUUGAACAUAAUUUUGGGGAGCUGUAUCUUCCCCAACUGUGAACAAUGUUGCAGAGCAGCAGUGCAGUGAUACCUACAUCUAUCCAGAUGUUCUAAUCUGUUUCUGAACUGUUGCUGCAAACCUGGCAGCUGGAAUGUGGUUGCUGGGUUUGCUGUGACCUUGACACAACAAUAAUUGCCUCUUACUUUCUUCAGCAUCAAGUGAAAUAUAUUUUUGUGGCAUCUUAAACAAUGUAUGUAUAACUCGAAGAAGAAGGCUGUCAUUCCAUGACAAUCUCAUGUAUUGGACUGUCUAGGAUGAUGAAUCACCCUCGAAACCUUUCUGGAUGAUGUGUCCCUAUGGUCUCUUCUUGUAUUUGGACACGUGUUCCCUGCCUUCUGCCAGUACAGUUGCUGCUAUGCCUACCGAACCAACCCUGGAAGUCGCCAGGGGUGAUGUGGAUCUGGUGCAGUCGGAUUCCCAAGA